AUUCGAGAGAAGGAUAGUUAAAUAUAGGGUAAACACACAGCUACAAUAUACAUAUAUAGAUAUACCUUACUUCCACUUGUAAUGUUUUUAGGUGAAAACAGACAGGUAUAAAUUCAUGUAUAUACAUUACAUACAGUUGUGAAUGCCAGUUUGGUGGGUGUUCUCUGAAUAACAAAACUUCGGGAUUAGUCGUGUUUUUCCGGAAGAAGUGCCUUAUCUAUAUACCCUAUAGAUAGUGCUUGUGGAUAUUUUGGGAGUUUGGUCUAACUAGAUGACUAGAUAACUACUACCCAGUUCCCAUAGUGACGUAUAUACAGGUGUUGUGUAUAUAGAUAUAGGUGUGGUCCCUCAUAGUACAACUCGUACUAGUACCGGUACAACACGGAACACGGACCGGCUGCCUACAACACGGAACACGAUUCGUUUUCCUCCGCAUUUCUGGAUUAUUUUAACCAAUCUGUGUGUAUAAACGGAUAACAUUCCUGGAUUAUUAUAAAUAUCAUCAUCAUUUAUUUGAUUCUGAUUUUUCCUGGAAUUUUUUUACUCGUUCAAUAUCUUAGUGAAUAAACGUAUUUAACAAGUCCGAUGAGGAUUACUGCGCGUGCAUUCCAAGGGAGAGCAUCUGGAGUUAAAUCAGGUUCAAACUUCUUGGAGAGAAUGAGCAUUUGGUUUAGAGCAACAUGGUUACUAAUAGUUCUCCUUCACGUAUGCGCACACGCACAAGAUAUACCGGAAGUACAUACAUCUCACGGAACAAUAGCUGGAUACGUUCAAGAAAUGUUUGGAAAGAAAAUAAAGACAUUUUUAGGAAUUCCGUUCGCCAUGCCACCUAUUGGUAACCUUCGCUUCAAACGUCCUCUGCCAGUAGAAAGUUGGGAGGGCGUUCUCAACACUAGUUCUUGGCACAACGCCUGUCACCAGACACCUUUUCUCUCAUUCGUUGGCAAGGUGGGCGAGGAGGGGGAGGCUAUUUGGAACCCAAAGACCCGAAUGAGUGAAGAUUGUCUCUACCUCAAUAUAUGGGUACCCGUCAACCUGGAGAUCCCUAUCAAGUCCACUAUGGUAUGGAUAUUUGGCGGGGGAUUUGUAACUGGAACUUCCGCCCUUGAGCUAUACGAUGGGACGGCUCUAGCUGCAUACGCAGAUAUUAUUGUUAUUUCAAUUAAUUACCGUUUGGGACCACUCGGAUUUUUAUAUUUCGGUAACGAAGAAGCGCCUGGAAAUGUGGGUCUUUUGGACCAAGUGUUAGCUCUGCAGUGGAUAAAUAAAAAUAUAGAAUAUUUCGGCGGAGUUCCGAAUGAUAUAACUCUGUUCGGAGAGAGUGCCGGGGCGGCUAGUGUGAGCUACCAUCUCAUGUCUGAAAUGUCUCAGCCUCUUUUUCAACGAGCAAUUAUGCAAAGUGGCACGUGCCUAAGUCACUGGGCCCACGUGACACCUGAUACCGCCCUCAGCUAUGCAAAAAUCCUUGCCAAGGAGAUGAACUGUUCAUCUGACGACGUAGGUGACGCCAUACAUUGCCUCCAACGUGCUGACGCCAAUGUCAUGUCAAAUAACCAAUGGAAGGUACCGAUAACGUUUCUCACAUUUCCAAUAGUGCCGACGACGGAUAACCAUUUUAUUAAGCAAAGUCCACAGGAAUUCUUACGCGCUGGUCGCUUUCCUAACAAGUCCCUGUUAAUGGGAGUCAACAGUGACGAAAGUGUAUACUUCCUUAAUUAUUAUCUAUUCGACAAGAUCGACUGGCCUUCUUCACGUUUAAAUCGGUCGCUUUUUCUUGACUCCAUCCCGAUGGUUGUGUCGGACAACGGUCUCUCUAAGAUCGCAUCAGACCGACGCCACCGCCCCCUGGUGGAUUCGAUCAUACAACAGUACGAGACGGAUUAUCUCCCGGGCACAGCUAAAAACUAUAUGAACAUCCUGGAUGACAUAGGUGGCGACUUCGCAUUCAAGUGUCCGGUUAUAGAGUUUGCUCAAGAAUUUAGUCGCUCCAGGCGAGGUUCUCCGCCAGUGUUUAUGUACAGCUUUGAGCACCGCUCACUGACGAAUCCCUGGCCAAACUGGACUGGCGUUCUCCACGGAGACGAGAUUGAGUAUGUAUUCGCCGUCCCUGUCAACGAUCAUAGACGUUCUUCUGAGGAACGUCAACUCAGCAUUGCCAUGGUGGAGUACUGGACCAACUUCGCAAAAUACGGUGACCCUGGUAACGGAAACAGAGCGACACGUUGGCCUGAAUAUACAUACGAUACCCAAGAAUACCUUAUUCUAAAACCCGGCCCGGUGUUUGACAUUAAGACUGGAUUGAGAUACAAGCAGUGUGCCUACUGGACUGAGUUUUACCCGAAACUAAAAAAAGCCAUAGAUGACGAGUUCAGAGACGGUUGUGUGUCUGGAACGUGUUUUGUGACGUCACAUGUGGCAGGAUGUAUCAUACUAGCGUGUCUAACAUUUGUCACCGUCCUGUUACAUCGAUAGCGCUAGGCGGAGUGGAGCAAUAGUUCAGGGAAACACGUUAUCAUCAGAAAAUGAUCCAGGGAGUUUUCAGACGCUUUCAAGAUAUCUACGCCAUCAUAUCUUCAAUAUUUCCAUUUCAUUUGCUGUGAUUCCUUACACUGUGUAUUUUAAGAGGUUCUCAUUUCGGAUCCCAUUGAUUGAAUUCGGAUAUCCUCGGAUUAUUCUCUGGAUCCUUUAUUGAUACCGAGCAACACAUGUACAUGUCAUAAUACCAUCAUAGUAUAUAUACAUCAUUGUACCUAAACAGACCAUUGGUUGUAAAUUAUGUACAGAAUAUCUAAACAUGUUUUGAAAUUUAAAAGUCCUGACAGUCCUAUAUUGGGUUAUUCUUCACAUUUCAUUUUUAUGUAUUGGCUUAAAUAAAUAAUUUAUUUUCAUGUGUGAUUUUGAAUUAAAGAAAUAAUAUUAUAUGAUUUUUUUAGUCACUGUAAAUGAAUCAGAUAUUUCAAAUCAUCGUUAACUGAACCAGUUGUUUAUUAAUUGCGUUUCAGAUUCAUAGUAAAAGUGUUAAUCUCAUAAUAUGAAAAUGUGGAUAAAUUAUAUUGAUAUGUUCCAUUAGUAUAUCCAUUCUUCAAACUAAUCCAAAGGGAGGCUACUAGACGUUGAUGUAUGUCGCCAUUCACCGUCAUCAAGGACACACUUUCACAAGUCAUAAAUACUGUCGAAAGUAACAUAAGUUUUAAAACGGAUAUACAUGUAACAUUAUUAAGUUUUAUUAACUUAAUACGACAUUGUUAACACCGUUGACUUUCUGACCAGCACGGUAAUUUAUCCGGGUCUGAGAUGUUUGUUAGAAUAACGAGUCUUCAAUUCAAAUAUUAAAAUAUCUACGACUGUUUUUGUAUUCGAAUUACGGACAUUGAUUGAAUCUUUUUAAUAGAUCCAAAAUGAAAAUAAAAUAUGAGCAUUGUAUUACUUGAACGGCGUCGCGAUGUUAUCCAAUUCCAGGAUAGCGUUACGACAAGUUAACGCAAAUAUUUCAUCUCCCUUAUUUUCACAAAUCUUGAAAUGUUUAACUUAAACUGCAUGGAUAUGAAUAAAAAUUAUUAGCCAAAAUAAUUGAGUAGUGAACACAUUUUGAUAUUUUCUCCAACAAGGGGUUGAAACGACUUUCCCCAACGAUCUCUUUAGCGAAUGAACUGUUCUCCAAAACAGCCUUUUAUACAUUAAACAGAUCGUCUGUCGCGAUUGAGCCUCUAUAUCAGUUAUUGUUCCUAUAUUCAGAACCAUUAGAAAAUUAAGUAAAGUCAUUAAACUCUGAGUUUCAAGUGAACGAAGCAGACGACAACUGCUGAGCGGGUAAAACACGAUUGAUCUCUGGAAAACAAAGAUUGUGUGAACAACAUUCAAAUGUGAUAUUUCUUACGCUAAUAGCUUCUGUUGCAUACCUUAUGGUUACCGCGAUAAACCUAACAUAGCAUUUUGGGACAUUUUAUUUAAUGUUACAACAGCAGUUUUGCCCCUAACAUCACCAAGGGAUUUAUAUUGUUCAGGGGGUAAAAAAGGAUACGUAUGUUUUAUUGCAUGUUUCAAACGGGUCUUCACGCUAACAUUUUAGGGAGCAUUUGGAGAACUGUAACGAAAACUAAAGGACAUGAUUCAUUAAAGAAACUCAUUCAUUCACGAUGUUACAACUUUUAAACAUUAAAUAAAACUUUUGGGAAAUAUAUGCAGCAAUUACCUACUCACCUCAUGGGUGUUAGGUUUGUAACGCCAUACGAAUAACGUGUAUUAUGACGUCACAUUUCAGGUAUGCGCUAAAUGAAUGCAUGUACAAGUGUGUGAUAUGUAUACUUUUACGACUAUAUAUUACAUUUCCACAUUGAUUGUGUCGCCUCUUCAUGGUUAAUGUGUGUGUAACCGUUUUGCGUUCAUACCGGCACGAGUAUGAAAAAAUGUCGUUCAAUCUUCAUAUUUGCAUUCAAUAUUUUAAGUUAUUGUUGAUCUAAAUGAUCUAAUCAAAGAUAUGCCCUUGUAUUUUUUCGAUAUUUAAGUGUCUGUGUCGUCAGUGAAUACGUGAUUCUUGAGACCUGGAAACGUCACCAAAAUGUUUGCUUCAUAAGGUUGCGCGAAGAGAAGCUUCAAAAUGAAGCUGAUCAAAUUGCGUUCAUAGCUCUAGGAACAGUUUCUUCCGGUACUGGUUAUAGGGGAAUUGCAGUGAAAAUGUUAUUAUAAGUGAGUGAUAUGUUUAUUAGUACAAUAUUAUAUUACAUUUUUACAUUGAGGGUGCCACUACUUCCUAUUUUCAAACAAUGCUGACUUUCCAUUGUUUUAUUCCCAUUUAGAAUUUUGUGGGGGAUUUAAUUAAAUAUCAUAUUCCAUGCCAAAUUAACGCUAAAUCAUAAUGAUACACAUACUGACAUUAAGUAUACGUAUACUUAAAUCGCAAUACAAAAUUGUUGUUGCAUUUAUUUGCAUCACGAAUUCUUCUUGUAAGAAUCCUGGGUCGGGAAGUAAAAUGGAGCAAAGAAUAUUUAUAAAUCGAAUAUUUUCACAACGUAAUCUUAAAUUUGUUAUUCACUGAUAACAGAAUGUAUUCAAUAAAGUAGUUUUAAAGAGCAUAUCUGUUCAAAAAUAUAAAGUUUAAGACAUUUACAUAGGUCAGGAUAUUUAACCACUGACUAGCUCAAGAAAACUUUUCAAAAUUAUUUUUAUUUGAAAAUACGUUAGUAAAACACAGUAUUUCUGUUUCCUAUCUGAAUAUUUCUUUAAAGGAUUUUGUCAACAUAUAUUGACGGAAAUGUUGCGUUGUUUCUGUCAGAUUACCAUGUUAAACAACUUCUUCAUGGCGAACGUUUAGAAUAUGUACUGAACUAAAUCUCGUAAAACAGCCACCGUCUGUCCAGAGAAAAUUCGGCGUUAUAAAGGGUUUCUGUGAUAAAUUGAACAAAUUUGAGAAGGAAUUCUUAAAAAAGGCCUUCAAAUAUAUUGACAAUAAGUAAGGUGGUAAGUCGAACGAGUGUGAUCACAUCCAUGUUCUAUUGUAUAGCUUAGGAAUAGUGAUAUUGGCUGCAUUAAAUCAUUGUUCAAUUCAAAAGGUUCCAAGGGAGACAACUAAAACACUUAUAACACUCAUGCAUCUAUUUGAUUAUCAUGAACUCAAACGCAUUACCAAUAAAUAAUGUAUACAUUAUCAAUAUGAAACAACUAUAUAUGAUAUUGAUCGAAUAAAUAACACUUGUUUAUGAUUUCGACAAGAAAAGUCUGUAGAUAUGCUGUAUCACAUUUUGUACAGUCUGAACUUUUUAUUAAAGAAACAGAAACGUCUACAGUUAUUUAUCAAUCUGUUUCCGGUAUUACACGUGAUAUUGUCAAAACUCUUCCUUGUUGGAGGUACAUCAAAGGAGGCUGUGUUUCCGCAUCUCAUAAUUGAAUCAUUUUCGAUUAUCAAACCAUAGUUGUAUUACUAUAUUAUAUCAUAUAAAUAUGACAUUC